AUGAAUUUACCAGAGAAACGUAUGAAAGAAGCAGUAGAUGCAUUAAUUGAUGAUAUCGAUCAAAGUUAUUUAAGAGGAAUUCAUAAGAAAAUGUUCGUCUGCUCAUCAAACUGCUACGAUAGGAGUAUGAAUCGAGAUAUUGUGGAGACUUGUGUUGAAGAUUGCAAUAAAUCUGUCAAAAGUGCAACUGGAAUUUUGCAAAAAGAACUUGACAAUUUACAGGCACAGUUGAAUCGUUGUGGAAUGACAUGUUUCGAUAAAGCAACGCAGAAAUUUGGUCCUGAUCCCGCAAAGUAUACUGAAAUCCAAAUCAAAGAAUUUGAUGAACAACUAUUAAAUUGUGCAUGUUCCUGUGUUGACGACCAUAUCAGGCUGCUGCCGAAUAUCCGGAAACGAUUAAUUGAUUCGUACCAAAGAUUUCUGAAGUAG